AUGACUACGCUUCAGCAGGGCGGGUCCCAAUUCCCGCCAUCUCAGAGAUUGCCACCUGGAUUAUUCGAUGAAACUGAGAUAGACCCGAGGGUUGUGCCACGCCCCACUGCGAGCACAGGAGCCUCUUCGGGGGUGAAAAACUCUGGUGCAGGAGAGGCGAUGGCUGCUCCACUGAGCACAAUCAGAAAACGAGCAUUCAGAAGAGCAAGGAGGCGCGCUGAACUCAAGGGUGCUACAUGGUAUCGUGGGGAAUGGCGGUCUGCGCACUCCCUGGGUACGAGUCCAGACACAGCGAGUGUCUCUACCGCACCAACCCGACCGGCACAGCCUGCGCGUACUAGGACAGCUCCGCGCCUGCGAGUGAUGACAUACAACAUGGGUGGGCUGGAUCCAGCCUCCUAUGAUGUCUUCUGUGAUUGGCUGCAACAACAACGUGAUACUGACAUUAUUCUUGCACAGGAGCUGCACUGGGGUUGUGGGAAAGAUGAGGCGAGUUGGACCAUAGGCGGCUGGCAUGCCAUUAUCAGCCCAGACCCCAAACAGCGCUACAGUGGUACUGGGGUCUUUGUUUCUGGACGCGUCGCCUCUUCGGAUCAGAUUGCCUACAACACCAUCAUCCCGGGCAGACUUCUGCACGUGAGAUGCACCCGGCAAGCAGUCACGCUGGACCUCAUUGCUGGGUAUCAACAUGUCUGGCAAGAGAAGCGCAAAGAUGCGGUGGCGAAGCAGAGGCACACCUUCUGGACGCGACUUGGAGUUCUCCUGCACUCACUUCCUGUGCGUAAUCUGUUGAUUAUGGGCUGCGACCUGAACUCUGGUAUCAAACCGAUUCCUGGCUUGAUUGGCAGAGGUGUUCUUCAUACUUCUCGUGUUUCGGAUCCGGAGUUGGAAGCCAUCAUUAAUACGCAUCAUUUAGUCUUGUUGAACACAUGGGGUAGAGCCACCUCGGGUCCCUGCCAUACGUUUAAGAACGGGAAGGUCAGGACACAACUCGACUUUCUGAUAACGCGUAGGCUCACUGCAGAUGCGGAAUCACGACGUUCCGCUCCCAUCGCUUUAGAUCUCAUGCCGUGGAGGCAAGGUCCCAAGCACAGACCCGUGCUUGGCAGCCUUCUGUGGGUAGCGGGAUGGACUAGAGCACGCCCCCGACCUGCAGGUGGAUGCUCACUGCCACACCUGAGGCAAGCCAUUCUCGCAGAAGGUUCGGAAGCGCAACAGCUUCGUGUAGUGGUGCGCACAGCACUGACUGCACUGCCAGAUGAUCCUGCGCUUAAGCUUAAAGCCCUGAACCAGGCUGUUAUCCCGCAGUGUGCCGCCAUGUUUCCACGCAAACCAGCCAACAGUAGACGGCCGCGAGACUCACCUCUCGUCAAAAGCUGCGUAGCAAACAUGUGGCAGCAGCAUCGUGCGCUGAAACGCUUUGGGCCGAGUCCGGACAGGACACACAUCUGGGGAGCCUGGCGACAGUAUGCGGCCUUUAAGGCAAGUGUCAAGCAACUGCAGAAAACCAGUAGACUUGCUAGGAAAGCCCAUGUCGAGACUCUUAUCCAACAAGCUGAACAGGCGUCCCAGAAACAGGAUCAAGCUGAGGUCUAUCGAGUCAUUAAUCAGCUGGCCCCCAAAAAGCGUGUUGAAAAGGUUCCGAUCCGGUCAGUAGAUGGCAAGCUUCUGGACAAGCAGCAAGAGUUCACGGCAAUCUACGAAUACUUCAGCAAGGCUUUUAGUCGUACUGAGCAAUAUUCCCGCCCCUCCCUCAGCCCGCUUAGCAUUACACCCGCGGAAGUUCAACAUGCCAUUAAGCUGCUCAAAAAUGGGAAGGCGGUUCCACCUGGUAGCAUGCCGGCAGAACUCUGGAAGCUGUGUCCGGAAGAACUCUCCGAGGUGCUGUCGACUGUGCUUGCAAGCAGCGAAGAGAACGACCAAUAUCCGGCCGAGGUUGUAGAUUGUUCCCUUAGUCUCCUCCCUAAGCCCAACAAACCCACCCGCCUCCCGAAGGAUCUUCGACCCCUAGGCCUCCAGGACCCUAGUGCCAAGCUGCUAGCGGUCGUCCUCCGCACACGUCUGCUGGACAUUGUCCAAGAGCGAUUGAGGCAGAUCCCACAAUUUGCAUACUGCCCUCAAAAGGCGAUCGAUCAGGCAAUUUCUAGGGUAGCGCAGCAUUGUCAUCGGGUUAGAGAGGUUGUCAAACAUAGCACGGUUAGCACCCAUGACCGUCGGGAGGGUCUCAUGAGAUCCCAAUGCACAGGGGGAUUAAUGAUCAGUCUGGAUCUUAGCCGUGCCUUCGAUCUCCUGAGCAGAUCCGCCUUGGACCGUUCACUUCAGGCGGCAUCAGUGCCAGAGGAUCUUCGAGCGGCCAUUCUUGCCAUUCACGAAUCAUGCAGAUACAGUGUUGCACAUGGCACGUACUGUGAUACCUUCGACCUACAGGUCGGAGUCAGACAAGGUUGCGCGCUCUCACCGCUACUGUACGCAUUGUACACGGCUUGGCUUUUCGAACGCAUAGCCUCGGAGACCUCUGCGCACUGGGCCCAACACUUUCUGACGAUUUUUGCGGAUGAUAAGCACUUGGCUUGGGAGGUCACCAGCAUUGAAGAGCUUCAAUUCGUUUGUAAGUGCGUACAGGUCACGUACAGGCUCCUGCAGGACAGCGGAAUGCAGGUAAACCCCGAAAAGUCCAAAAUAGUGGUGGCGCUUAGGGGGAGUGCUGCUGCCAGGUGGUUGCGUAAACACACGCAACGCACACCAGAGGGCACCUUUCUCGACCUGGGCACUCCACAUCAGCCACUUAGGAUUCUUCAGGUUUCGCAGAUUGUCUAUCUAGGAGUUGUUGCGAGCUACACAGGGUUCGAAAUGCAGACCUUCAAGCAUAGGCAACGUGCAGCAGCUCAGAAUCGACAACGCCUGCUGAAGCUGUUUCACUCUCGAGUACUCUCGCAAGGCCAGCGAGUUCGCCUCUACCGAGCUUGUGUUGUCAGCUCUUUGUUGUACGGAUUGCAUGCGGUGGGUAUUACUGCUCCGGUAUUGCGUGCUCUAGAGGCUACAGACGCGAGAGCACUGCGGGCUUUGGUUCGGUCACCCGCACAUCUGUAUCACGAAACCACGGAUAGCAUUAGGGCCAGACUGAAGGUUCCGUCCCCGGGUGAGAUGCUCCAGAAACUUCUUAACAAGCGUUGUAAGGUUGUUCAGGAGCCUGCGCUGCAAGAGUGGUUUCAGAUACAAAUCCGUGCACUAACCGCGAAGGAUGCUGCUGCGUGUACACCUCCCGAGGUCCACUUAAGUCGCGAAGGAAUACCAGGGGUGCCAUGUCCCGUUUGUGGAAUUGUUUGUGUGAGCCACCAGCACAUGCUCUCUCACUUUGCACGCAAGCAUAAACCUGAGUAUCAGGAGGCCCAAGCUGGUCCUGCCAAGGACCCCAGGUGGUACAUGCAGCAUGCAGAUGCAGGGCAUGUCACUGAGCCGGAGGUCAAGGUAGCCUCCGCUCAGGAGGGGUCCCAUGGGCUUAGGAACCCGACCCCUCAGACAUGCCCUCCUGGUGAACCGGAGUCUGUGGAGUCGCUGACAGAGCCUGUGCCAGUGCUAGCCGAGAACCCUGAGUUCCGUCGAAUGUCAAUGCACAGCUGGCAGAGUGUCCUGCGCAAGCCGGAGUACUGCAAAAGUUUGAGCACGUACUGUGCCCUCUGUGGGCAAUGGGCUGAGCGCACGGGGUUUAAGCAGCAUAUACGUCUUAAACAUGCCGAGUCGCACGCGGUCCAUGCCAGGGCAGUUGCACGCAGCACGCAACUUGGGCUUAUAGCGAUUUCGCCGUCAGCCAUGAGCGUUGCCAUGGACACGGACGAAAGUCAGAGAGCGGCGGUGGCCCAGACCGAGCUCAACCUGCUGGGACUCCCUCGAACAGCGCCUCCAGCAGCACCGAGCGGCCCGAUGCAGUCCACACCGUUGGAGACAGCGCAGGAGGACUGGAAGGACAAGGACGAUCGGGAAUGGCAACAGGCCCGGGACUCCGACUGGCAGUCCCAGAAGUGGCGCCGGCCCUCCUCGAAAGGCACGGGUCGGAAUGCGGAGAACUGGUCCAAGCGCAAGUAUCCGGAGGAGAAUGUCGACCAGCAGGGGACCCUGGACAAGCAGACGCAGGUCCUCCUGCAGAUGAUGACCCGGAUGACGCUACGACACGACCAGGAACUGUGUCGGAUCCGCUCCGACACAUCGUUCAUGCUGUUCAGCGAUGUCGGCGACCACGGCUGCCUUCCGCAGAUGAAGGCCACGGCGGAGAACUGGUCCGAGCUGUUCACCCAGGGGAAGGUCACCUGCUCCCUCAAGGUGAUCAUGAUGCUGAACCUUGUCAAGCUACUGAGGGAAGCCUUGGGAAAGGCUCUGCAGGACGAGACCCUGGCCGAGAAGUACCGCUCCCUCUCCUGGCUAGUGGAGGGAGAAAACGCGCUCUCACCGUGCUGGACCUACUUCGAAUGGAAUCCGGCCGAAAAGAAGGAGGUGCGCUCCCAACAGGCCCCACUCAAGCAUCAGGAGGUGCUGAAUAUCCUCGACAAGAUGGAUCAGGCCAUCCCUCUGCAGGGCGUGCUCACCAACUUCCGCAACACCAAGGGCAUGGACCAGGGCAAGGAGAGCGAGGUCAUCCCCUUCAUGAUCAGCAUCGGCCUCCGCCACCCAGCGACAGCGGACAUCCACGCCGGCCUCGUAAAACUGUCCGGAUGCUCCUGCAUGAAGCUGGUGGGCUGUCGCCUACGACCGGAUCGGGGACAGCGCCCGCAGCUGGCAAAGCAGCUCGAGGAAGCCUUUCAGGCGACGAGCUUCUGCGAUUGGGCACCUCGGCGCGCGAGGUAA